UAUCGAUAGUUUUUCGCGAAUAUCCCGGAAACUAAGUGAAUUCACUUCUUAUAUAGGAAAAUGUUAUUUAGAAUAUCGAUUUCUACAACAUAUUCAAAAUCAUCCAAGUCGAAGAGUAGUUUACGUUUUUACAGUUCCACCUACUGAAUCAUGUUCUCUUCAACGCUAUACAAUUUUUAUGCGAAAGAUUUUUCCAUAAAUAAUGACAACGAUAAAAAUUCAGGACGUUGAAAAACUGGGAAUGCAAUUGGGUUUCACUUUUGGAGGAAGAAAUUUCCAUAAUGUGUCGCUGGGUCAAGGUCAAGGACCCAUAGCUGAAGAAGCCGUAGAACUUUUCGCGAACAAAGGCCACUGGGAAAUUUUGCAAAAUGUCCAUUUGGUGAGGAAAUGGUUGGCUACAUUAGAAAAAAAGAUGGAACAGUGCUCGGAGAAUCCACAUGAUGAUUAUUGAUUGUUCAUUAGUGCGGAACCCAGUCCUCAUCCUCAUGAAUCAAUAAU